AUGUUCGAGAACAAUAACAACUCCCCCAACAACACCACCACCCACGCCGACUCAACCUCGCCUGAUCGCGGCCGCUCCAACGGCCAUCUGUCUCCGGCGUCCAACGGUGAUCGUCCCCUAUCAAAGGUCCGCUCGAGCUUCGUCUCUGUCGAGCACGGCAUCCCAAGCAGCCCGACGCCAGCUAUGGACAUUGAUCCGCAAAAGACAAAGGAGGAGUACCAGUCCAGGCAAGAGAGCUCUGCCAGCCUCCGCCGCCACAGCUUCAGUCUGGACGAAGGCAGCGAUGCCAUUGCCAACCUCAGGCAGAGUAUGAGCCAGGAGUCGGAACGCAGGGGCUCCAACCCCCUGGUCGCAGAGACCAUCCCUGAGGCUGCUAUUGAGCAGACUCCAGCCGCCACCACACCCGCAGUCGAGGCCAAGGACUACAUGGCCGCUGGGCAGAUCGCUCAAGCCAACAGCGACAUGCCGCAGAGCAAGCUUCGGGAGGAGGUUUCGGUCAACGACACCUGUUCCCCUGUCGUCCCAGGUGCUAAGUCUGUUUCCCAGGUAUCUGGCGUGCAAGAAGAGGUGGGAUCCAUGCAACCUUCUGAUCUCACCGAUCGCUCCCUCGUUUCGCCUACCCCCGAAGCCAGUGCAGACGAGAAGUCGCCGCGCCCUGCAAACCUUCCCUCGCGAGCCCGUCGUGGCACUGUCACAGCCGCGGAUGCAGCUCCUGCCUCCGUACCUCACAGACCCGCCAACAUUGUUGCAACCGCGCCUGAACCGUCCACCGACGCCCCUCCCAAGACACCAACCUCUUCAUCAUCAACACUAUCGCCCAAGCCGCCAGUUAGGAAGCCUAGCAACUCUUCCCUUACCCAGGCUAAGCCAAAGGCCAACGCUGCUCCUACCAAGACGACGUCCCCUCAGUCCAAACCCACUCGUCCUCGAUCGCCCACACGCCCAAUCAAAGUAUCUUCGCAUCUCACCGCCCCGACUGCCGCCUCAGCAGCAAGACAAGACACGCAGCCUCACAAACCUUCAGUGUCUGUCUCGAAGCCCGCUGUGGCCAAUCGUCCUCAAGCGCGUGCUCCUGCACCCACGACAAAGCCUGCAGCCCGACCAUCAGCUACAUCAACCUCUAGCGCACCCAAAAAGGCCGAGAGUAAACCUGCCGCCACUUCCAAAGGACCCGAUGACGGAUUCCUUGCACGUAUGAUGAGGCCAACAGCCAGCUCAGCCAGCAAGGCGCAGGACAAGACUGAAGUCAAAAGCCCUCCCAAACGAACACCCUCGGUGAUCAGAUCAAAGGCUUCAGUGAAGCCCCGAACAACAAAGGUGGAGAAGCCCAAGUCUUCAUCUUUAGCCGAUAAGGAGGAGCAAGCAGCUGGUGCUUCGACACCACAAGCAGCAUCUGGUGACCCGGAUCAUGGCAAUGCUGGACUAGAAGCCACUCCGGCGUUUGAUGCUGCGACGAUUCGCUAA